UGCGUGCCAGGCGAAAAGGGAAAUUAUUAUCAUGAUGGAGACCGCGUCGCGAAAUGAAAUCGUUAAGAGGCGAGUAAAUCAGGCAAAUGUGCUCAUUGGAGCCUCAUAACCAUGGUUUCAUUAGCAAGGCGUCAAAAUGCCGCGAACUGGGUUAAGGAACUCAACUCUGACAGCUGCAGCGGGUGGCCAAAAUCGGAAUCAAAACACCAUUUCAUAUUCAAAUCAACUGCAGCUGGCAACUUUUGAUAGCCAACACAGCCGAAGGAUGAGGAGGACGCCACAAACUGCGCGAUUGCAUGUAGCAGCACUUGGAGCUGAGCACAAAAAGUAAAAUCCUCACAUUGUUGUAAUCCCCCCAGUGACACCUCAAGUCAGUCGCCGUGGGAAAAUGUUGGAGCAGCAGAAGCGCAAUGGAGUUGCGGCAGAGGAUGGGGUAAAGUGGCAAGGUGGAAAUGUCGGAAAGUUGGCGUGCGAAAACUGGCUAACUUCUUGGUGGCGCACACUGCCAACAUUCAGUUGGGAUUUACGAUCUGAGCGGUCAAGUUGUGGUGCGGCGAGCUGCGCUUAAAUGGCGCCAUUUGCGGUUCGGUGGCUUCGGCGGGACUGGAGCUGUGGUCAGCCACUGGGCAAGGGUGUGCCGGAACAGGAGUGCAUCAAAGUUUUCCCUCUACACGGAGACCCAAUAAAUGUUUAAUUACAGCGCAGACCACACAAAAGCAGGAAAUCAACAAUGGCGAUUGCCUACGACUGGAAGACCAACGAUGUGUAAGGAGCUGAAGUGGUUCUCAACUAUUUUUGGGUGUUAUAAACCCAGUAGCUAAUAGUCACAAGUGAAAGUAACACAAAACUAUUCUUGGAAAGUAACUAAAGGCACUGCAUUUGUAUUCUUUGGAAAGUUUUCCUGCACCCUACCAGGAAAUGCUCUGACCUCAUUUCUUAUUAAUGUGUUUUGAAGAGACGCCUCAGUAUAAUUAUACAUACUUCCAAGUAUAAACAAGGCUAUUUUCUUUAGAGUUUAAAUGUGUAUUUGCAUUUUUGUUCAUCUUGAAACAUACUUAAUGACCCCAUCGAAAUUUAAAAGAACAGAACUAGGAGCCUAUAUUUUACCUUUGCAAUGGCAUUUGUAUAGUAAGUGUGCCUUGCAACUGAUUUAAAGUGAGUGAUGUUAGACCUAAUCGAAAUCCCGGCGGCGGUUGACCUUGUCUUCUUCCCAUUGCUGUUAACAUAAUGGUGCAUUCUUGUUUAUUGCAUUACGUAUACGCCCUGUGGCGUGACUAGGCCGUGUAACAGCAAUUAAAGCGUCAUAAAUCUGCAACUGUAAUUAUGUGUAUGUCCAGGUAUCGCAGUGGCCACACUGAUUAGCAUAUUUAAAUGGGUUACCCCACUGCUGGUUCGCCUUUAAAAAUAGCCAAAGGUCAUUUGGCAUUGUCAAGAUUGCUCGUUCGCCGGACUUUCCAUUCCGUAGUCUUUGUGGGCAACAACCAACCAUAGGUCGAAAGUUGUCCAGAAAUUGGGUCAGACUUUUGGCCCUAGUUACGAGCAGUUUUUCUCUCUUUUUUUUUCUUCUUAGGUUCCUGUCUGUUUCCGUUUCCAAAUCAGCGAGCGAAUCACGCACAUUCCCCCGCGUCAUGCAAUGAAUUUUGGUUUAUGGAUAGUACAACAUUUUGGCAGUCACCAAUUAUAAGCAUUUCGCUGGCACAUUUGCCCACACGUGAGAACUUUUAGCCGUUGUAAAAACUUUUUAAUUCCGAUGUGCGCAACAGGUGUUUGUGGUCACAUUUAGCCCGCUGCCGGGAGCCAUAAAAAGUGCAAUUUGCAUGCGCGCAGGUUCGCCUCCGACUGGCAAUCCUUGUGCAUUUUAAAUGGCCUGCCUGCUGGGCGACGAGUCCUUGGCAAUGCCUCAACAAAAAACUCAUUUCCGUAUAUGGACUACCAAGGUCCUUUGGGCGCCGCGACGCGGGCGUUGUCAGGAAUAACAAAAGUCGGGAAUUUGGUGAGCUAACGAUUGGCAUUCAGUGGAGUGGGACAGCUAUCACAUAUGCCCAGACAUCGUGUUUGGAAUGCAGGAUCUAGUGAUGUACUAAACAAUCUGUACUAGAGUCAGGCAUAUCCUGCUCAAGAAAUAGUUCUUAAGUACGUGUGCCAAGUAUUUGGAGUUAGGGCAAUAGGUUUAAAUUCAAUUUUUUUAAUUACAAAGAUUUGGUAAUGGAUACCAGCGGAUCGACUCUGGUCGGGCGACCUGCUGCUCCCAUCGAAUGCAAUAGACAAUUUUCUAAUUUGCAGCAAUUUCACCCUUUUUACCCAUUCAUUAGUUUGUUUACAGAGGUUUGUGAGGCGAGUGUGCCUAGCAACCUGGUCGUGGCACGCCAUGGGCUCUUGCUCUAUGGAAAUAGACGAGGAGGUGGAUGUGAAGGUGGAUGUGGUGGAAUGCCUUCACUGGCUGCCUUUUGGAACCGGGCGCCGUCUUAUGGGCCUCCUUCCCGAAACUCCGCCAAUGCAAUUGCCAAAGGUCGAGAGGAGAUGGGGGAAUCGUUUUGAUGCCGAUUUUGGCUGGAAUCGUUCCUUCUCCGAGCCGGAUCUCACAGCCAAUCAGAAGUCCGGCGAUCUCAGCCGGUUCGCCAUCAAGCAUCCGCACGAGUACAUAGCCGUCGAUGACCUCAAGUACUUCCGCCGCCGCCAGCCCGUCCAUCUGCACACCCGGAGCAACGUGUGCCUGCACAGCGGCGAUGAGCCAGUGCCCAGCUUUGGCUCUUUGAAAUCCGAGUAUCGCAAGCACUUCCGUGGCACCCAGUCCCGACCCAGAUCCUUGCUGCGGCGCGCCACCUCGCUGCGACUGGAGGGAUUCAUGCAGCUGCUCUCGGAGCACCAGGAGAAAUACCACUGGUACACGCCCGAGGACCUGCGCUUCUCCCGCACCUUUCCCGUCCGCAAUCCGGAGAACCUGCAGUUGGGCGAGGGCAGCGAGGGCAACGGCUUCAAUGCCGCCGACGGCAUGAAGAACUCCUCGUACCUCAUGCUGGAUCCCAGCACCAAGAUACUGCCACGCGAGGUGUUCCUCGACGAGUCGGAGCUGGCGGCUAGGAAUCAGCCACCUUCUAGCAAACUGGCCGCGGACAAGUUUCGCCGCGAUGUGGCUGCCCAGGAGCAGCAGCGAUGCCAUCUGCAGAUGCGUGCCCAGGCCGUGGAUCGCGAGCAGCACGGCCAGGUGCCGGAGCCCUCCGAGUACCGUCGCCAGUUCGUGCAGCAGUUCCCCGAGAAGGCGCACUCCAUACCCCAGAUGAGCAGCAUCAAGAUCCAGGGGGAGUUCGUGGCAGUGCCGGAGUACCGGGACAGUUUCCGUAUGUAUGCCAACUACUCGAAGAGCGCACCCAUCAAAAAGAACGACAACCUGCGCGUAUCCGGCUCCGAGGCUGCCUGCGCUCCCAGUUCGGAGGUGCCGGAGUAUCGCGACAAAUUCAUCGACCCACCCAAGCACGUGGCCAAAGAGAAGUCCCUCAAGACGGACGACCAUCUGCGUCCGCGCGGGGAGUUCACCAAAGAGAUUCCCGAAUACCACGAGAGCUUCCGAGAUCCGCAGAUCACCGAAAUGCCGGAGCGAGGAAAGCCCCGGGAGCCGUUCCUUCGCCUGCGCGGCAAGAUCGAGUUUAAUCCGGAGUACAGGAAUAACUAUCAGGAUUUUCCGCGUUCCCGACCCGUCGUCCAGAAGCCCACUUCCUGCUUCCGGUUGCCCACCUCGGGCGUUUGCCACGCCCCAUCCGUUCACCAUCAGCCGGAAGAGGAACUGGAAACGCCUGUCCUGGUAACAGUGCCUCCAUCAGAGGUUACCGCCACCCCGGAAUAUCGUCGAGCGCAGUACAAUUACCAACUGCGGGAGCGGCCAAGGGAUUUGGAGGCUGCUCCUGCUGGUGUUCAGGGGAAUCUGCGCAAGAGCUCAGAUUCCUCGUUGGAGGCCAGACAGUCGCAGGCGCAGAUGCCCCACAAGCGGAGAACGUCGCGUCAGCGGCAGAUCAAGGAGCCCGAGCAGCCGUUGGCCACCAGAUUCGACGAUGUGGGUGGCAAUGCGGCCAAAAAGCCAGCCCGCUACGGCCGACGAGCAUCUGUCCUCCAGAACGCAGCCAGUUGUCGGGAGAACUCGUCGAUCAUCGAAGGUAAUCCCAAAUACGCCGUGGGAUGUCGGCGCUCCAAGCAGCCAGGCGGAAAUCAGACGCAGCCACCCGGUGCCUUCGUGGUGCUCGACGAGCCGUGCAAGCCUUCCAACUGGAUGAAGAAGACCUGGUAUGACUCCUAGGACAACGCAUCUACACCUAUCAUUGGUAUUCUGUUUUAAAUCUAUCUUAUGUAAUGGAAUAAAAAAGAGUUAAAAGGAAAAACUA